CUAUAGCUGGCCCCGCAGCAUCGGUCCUUGAACCCUUUCGAGCUGCCCAGCCUCCGUCUCAGUAUUCUUCCUCCUCUCUGCUCUCCUUCUGCUUAGCCCUUUGUCCUCCCGGCCGGUACGGUACAGCGCAUCCUUUUUCCGCUCCAAGGUCACCAUCGCCAUGGGGGUAGGGGCCGUUCUAGAGCCUCUGACGGUCAUCGUCCUCCUCUUUGGAGGCACUUGGAUCAAUCGAACAACAGGUUCUUUCCCUGCGCGCAGGGGACGUCGCAGAUCCACCGUCACCUCACGCGGCGCCUCCCCAGAUGCGAUAGAGUCCGGGCUGGUCACGCCAACCGCAAAGGAUGGCUUGUUGCCUCGUCGAUUGUCAUCGUCUUCAUCCCUUCAGCAAGUUGGUCAGCCUCGCUGGCGCAAGAGGCAGAUUGGGAUAUUCUCGUCGACAUUUGAGGUCACCUCUCCCGAUACCGGCGUCUUUCAAGAUCGCCUUCUUAGUCGCCUGCUCCGCAAGUUCCCUUUCCUGGUUGAAUGCUGGUACUGGGCUCUAGUGUACUGGACAUACCAAUUGGGCCGAGCUUUUACUGCCGUCACACUCAAAGAAGGCACCGUUGACGUGGCGCGGAAGCAUGCGCUCCAGUUGAUACAGAUAGAAGAGGCGCUGGGUUUGUUUUGGGAAGUUCCGAUUCAGCGGUUUUUUCUUCGACACGCCACACUGAUGACCUGGACGAACUGGAUCUAUUCGUUUAUUCACAUCCCGGGCACGAUUGCGUUUCUUGUCUGGCUCUACUAUUACACCACCACCAGAAAUAGAUUCGACGAAUCGCAAUCCGGCAAACCUCGCGGGUUCAUGAGCGGCUCCCCCGCGGGCCCGCGUCUAUAUCAGGCCCGACGUCGGACUCUUGCAGUGUGCAACUUACUUGCGUUUGUGGUUUUCACCUUGUGGCCCUGCAUGCCACCUCGACUGUUGAGCGACAAGGACGCGCAGGGCCCGGAUGCAGCCCUAGGCCGUAGCUAUGGCUUUGUCGAUACGGUGCAUGGCGUCAACGGUGCGGGCAGUGUCUGGACGGAGAAUCGGUUUUGCAACCAAUACGCCGCCAUGCCCUCCUUGCAUUUUGGAUACUCUCUCAUGAUUGGUCUCACGAUCAUGACCAUACCGCUGCCGCCACAUCAUCGCCGACGUUCGCGCGUGACCAUUGGCUCUGUCGGGGUGCAGAUUCCGUCCUGGCGCCGGCUCGCCUGCCUGGUCGUGGGCUUUGCCUACCCAUUUGUCAUCCUGGCCGCCAUUGUGGCGACGGCCAACCAUUUCAUUCUGGACGCUGUCGCUGGUGCGACGGUGUGUGCGCUUGGCUGGAAAUUCAAUGGGAUUCUGCUGAACUUGCUGCCUUUGGAAGACUACUUCCUCUGGGCACUCCGCAUUCACAAGCCGGUGCCGACCGACCUGGAUGAGGUUGAAGGGGCUGAUGGGUGGAUUGAUGACGGGCUGCCCGAACAUACUGCCCUUCCCUGGUGAGCUCGCACUUUGCAGUCGUUCGUCCGUUCCAUGGAUGAUUCUGUGGACUUGCAUGAUACCCUUCUGGAAUAUCUUUCCGCUCA